GAUUAUUUCUACCUUUGGCCGUGAAUUGGCGUGUUUCUAAUUUUUUGCACAGUAUUUUGUAAAUUUGACUUCUGUUUUUGUGUAUGUUCUCUGGUUGUACCUGAUUUUCUGCAACAUCUAGUAACAGUGGUUCGAGAGCAUCUAUUUGGAAAUAGUGAGCUCUCCAUGUGUGUAAAUUAAUUGUUUGGUGUUUGAUAUUUUUUAUAUGAGCCUCACUUUUUAUAGCAAUUUGUACAAUAGUGAAUAAUUAAAGAGUCAAACUAUUUUCUCAAUCAAGAAAUCGCGUUAAUGGAAUAUGGGUAACGAUAAGAAACGUCGUUCACGUUCUCGGGAGCGUGAUUGGUACCAUGACAAAGACUGGGAAAAGGAACGUUUGCGCGAUCGUGAAAAAGAGCGAAGAAUGCGCAGAUCUCGGUCUCGAUCAAAAGAACGUUAUGGAAGUGGUAGGUCUUCCGAAAAAGACAAAGAUAGAAAGAAAAAUCUGGAAAUACGUGAGCGGUCCAAAUCACACGAACGUACCAAGCAUAGUGGUUCAACACUAGAAAAACAUAAAUAUGAAGAAAAAAUGAAGGAAGAAAUGUUAGAAAGUAAAGAUUUCAAAAGUGAAGCAAUUGCUGAUGUUAAAAAUGAAUUAGAGAAGAAAUUUAAGAAAACUGAACCACUUUCCUUAGAGGAACUACUCGAAAAGAAAAAACGUGAAGAAGAAGUUCGGAGCAAACCUGUAUUCUUGACCAAACAACAGCGCGCAAUAGAAGCGCUGAAACGACGGCAGGAAGAAGUGGCAGCGAUGCGAUUACAAGCGGCGCGCCCAUGUGUUGCUUCUGUUGAUAUUGUGUGCGCCACAGAUCUUAAAAGUGAACGUGUAGAUCGGCGCAGUGAAAGGGAUAAAGAAAAGGAUAAGGAGAAAGAUCGUGAUAAUAAACGCGCUGAAGAUCUUACAAUCAAAGAUAAAGAGAAAGAACUAGAGGCCAUUCGUGAACGUUAUCUGGGUAUUAUCAAGAAGAAGAGACGUGUUCGUAGACUGAAUGACCGGAAAUUUGUUUUCGACUGGGAUGUUGGUGAAGAUACUUCCAUAGAUUAUAACAAUCUUUAUAAAGAACGACAUCAUGUACAGUUUUUUGGUCGGGGCAAUGUUGCUGGUAUCGACAUAAAGGAGCAAAAGCGUACUCAAAGUAAAUUCUAUGGGGAUUUACUGGAAAAACGUCGUACUGAAGCUGAAAAGGAACAAGAAAAAGUACGUUUGAAGAAAGUGAAACGCAAGGAAGAUAAACAAAAAUGGGAUGAUCGGCAUUGGUCCGAAAAAGAUUUGGAUGAAAUGACUGAACGUGAUUGGCGUAUAUUUAGAGAAGAUUACAAUAUUACAAUUAAAGGUGGUAAAAUUCCCAAUCCAAUACGCAGUUGGGGUGAAUCUGGAUUUCCAAAAGAAAUCAUUGAAAUUAUUGAUAAAGUUGGUUACAAGGAACCAACACCUAUACAACGACAAGCUAUACCCAUUGGUUUGCAAAACAGAGAUAUUAUUGGUGUAGCUGAAACAGGUUCAGGUAAAACACUUGCUUUCCUAAUACCGCUUUUAUCUUGGAUUCAAUCGUUACCAAAAAUUGAACGACUGGAAGAUGUUGACCAAGGUCCGUAUGCCAUUAUUAUGGCUCCAACUCGUGAAUUAGCGCAACAAAUUGAAGAGGAAACUACUAAAUUUGGACAACCAUUGGGCAUUCGGACUGUGGUCGUAGUAGGUGGUUUAUCUAGAGAGGAGCAAGGUUUUCGUCUCAGAUUAGGCUGUGAAAUUGUUAUUGCUACACCCGGUCGCUUAAUUGAUGUGUUAGAAAAUCGUUACUUAGUUUUGUCUCAAUGUACAUAUAUUGUACUUGAUGAAGCAGAUCGUAUGAUUGAUAUGGGUUUUGAGCCUGAUGUACAGAAAAUCUUAGAGUAUAUGCCUGUUACCAACCUAAAACCAGAUACGGAUGAAGCAGAAGACGCAAGUAAAUUAAUGGAAAAUUUUUAUUCGAAGAAGAAAUACAGACAAACUGUUAUGUUUACGGCAACUAUGCCUCCAGCUGUAGAGAGAUUGGCUCGCUCUUAUCUACGACGACCUGCCACUGUAUAUAUCGGUUCCGUUGGUAAACCAACUGAACGCACUGAACAGAUUGUGUACAUGAUGGGUGAGAACGAUAAACGUAAGAAACUGAUGGAGAUUCUUUCGCGUGGUAUUGAACCGCCAGUUAUCAUAUUCGUUAAUCAAAAGAAAGGUGCAGACGUUCUGGCUAAAGGACUUGAAAAACUUGGCUAUAAUUCUUGUACAUUGCAUGGCGGUAAAGGCCAGGAGCAACGUGAAUAUGCAUUGGCAGCACUUAAAUCUGGUGCUAAAGAUAUAUUGGUAGCAACAGAUGUCGCUGGUCGUGGUAUUGACAUUAAGGAUGUAUCUUUAGUUAUAAAUUACGAUAUGGCAAAAACAAUAGAAGAUUAUACACAUCGUAUUGGUCGUACUGGCCGCGCCGGUAAAAACGGUGUAGCAAUUUCAUUUAUUACGAAAGACGAUAGUACUCUGUUUUACGACCUCAAGCAAUGUGUUAUGGCAAGUCCAGUAUCGGUUUGUCCACCUGAGUUGAUGAAUCAUCCAGAUGCUCAGCAUAAGCCUGGUACAGUAGUAACUAAGAAACGCAGAGAGGAGAAAAUUUUCGCCUAAAAUAAAUUCCACAAUAUAUAUAAAAAAUAAUUGGAUAUGACUCAUAUGUAAUAUUCCAAAGUAAAACAAAUAAUACAAUAUAUUCGAACCAAAAAUAAAAAGUUUUUUCAUGUUUUA